AUGAAAAACCAGUGUCAAGCAAUCAUUGACAAAAGCUCCGACCUUGAAGGAGGUCUGACCUUGAAUAAUUUUCUAGAAAAUAAAGGUCACCGCGAUUUUUUAUCGCCCACUUAUUUCAUGCGUUACAGAGAACGGGAUGUGCCCCGUCUGCUUUACCACUAUAGAAGCACUCCAGACGGGAAGUUAUGUCGGCACGGAGGUAAAGUGAAAGGACAGGAAUGCUCGGGGUCCCGGAAAAAAGUUGAUCCAUCGGGCGCGAGGGCUGCUUCGCCUCUCGGUGCCGCACCCGACCCCAAGCCCGGGUUGCCCACACGGUCGUCGGCCGCAUCGGUCUCCGGUGAUCCUCUCGGCCUGGAUUACUCUGGUGUUUUUGACAAGCUGACGGCCGUGCUGAAAUGUGUACCGGUGUACGACCAUAUUCCUAAGCCAUGCAGGGAGAAGUUUGCACAUGAUCUGAACGCCUUGCUGACGGCUGUUUGUAAUGACCCUGGUGACCCGGCUCACUGGGUUAGACUCCACUGUUUUUUCCCAUACGUCUUACAGAAGACUUCCAGAGGGGGUCGCCGGGUCAACCAGGGCAAUCUUGUCAACAAGCGUCUAAACGAAUAUUCAACUAUUGGUCUUGAAACCCUGGUACUGUGCUUUGAUGGGUUCAAUAAUGCCAAAUCACAAAAGCACAACUUGAGGAUGUUUUUCAGGCCCCUUGCCAAUCGACGACACACUGAACUCCUUAACCCAAUUCAUUAA